UGAAGCUGCGUGACGAUACGGAAGCGCACACACAGGAAGACCGCGCCAAGUCCACCGGGGCCGGCGCGGCGACACAAUAAGAGAGGCGGAAAGGUUCCGGGGGAUAUCCAUUGUACGGCGAAACGCCGCCAUGAGGAACAGACACAGAUGGAUGUGUAUGUUGUCCUUUGACACUGUGAACUGAUCGAGCGGUCCUUAGUGAUCACUGGUCUGAAUGAUCCAGUGCUCAGUCUCCAAGGGAUCCACAUCAUCAGAACGACAAGUCACGGCGUGAUCAGCGUUUACUGACCCCGGAUUAAGUAAUCAACAUGUAUGGAUUUAGUGAUCGGCAUUUUCUGAACUGCUGUUGUUAGGAUGCAGGGUUGGUGAUAAGACUCUGGACUCAGUAGUCAUCAUUUGAAUUCCCUGAAUUGAUCCUGUGAUUCUGUUUCUUUGAGCCAGGAGGAAUAAAGUGGUGAGCAUUGCAGGAUCCAGGAUUUGCUUUGACUGAGACGAUCAGAUAUUGUCACCUGCACUGGUCUGCUCCAGUUUUGUUCUAAGUGGAUGAGUAGCACUGACUUGCCUACCUGCCUUCUUCCUGCGCAGGUGCCCUCAUGUCCAGCCAUUACUUCUUUUUUCAUACACUUCUUAUUCCACCAGCUAACCCAGGGUUGUUGAUCUUUUGCUUCAUUACCUGCCUCCCUCUUGUUUCAUCUCCAGGUCUUUCCGCCUGAUUAACCUCUAAGCCUGAUACUCGUAACCACUCCCUACCCACUUGCAUCUCUUUUUGUCUGCUUUCCUGCUUGAAUUGUCUCCUUCUUUUGUUUCUCUGUCUGUCUCCCUGGUAUUUGCAAGUCUGAAGCCCCCACUGUCACAUACCCACCCCCGGGUGUCCCCUCUGCCCUCCCCCUUUCACCCCUCUACUCAGUUUUACUUCUCAGCUAACCAGCACCCCCAUCUUAUAAUGAGGCCCCGGUCGAGCCGUUUCACACCAGAGAUCAAGGUGCUCCUGGCCGCCGCUGUACUCUUCCUGUCGGCCCUGCUCUGUAGAUCUUCACUGUCAGACAGCGUGGAGCAGCAGACCCGCUCUCAGCUGCUCCGCUUGCAGAUGCUGCUUUUGCUCAGUUCACUGAUGCUGAUUGGUUCGAUGUACAUCUGGAAGAGACUGAACUUUCUGCUGAGCCAAGGGUGUCUAUGGCAAGUCUCUGUGCUUUUUUUCCUUGUGAUGGCCCAUCUCAGUUUCUUCACGCUGCUUUUCCUGGUAUCUGAAGAACCACAUCCCAUUGCCAUGGUGGCCUACACAUGCUUGGGCUCUUGGGUGCUCCUGGUUUUUUUUCUUUUCAUAUUUUCCAUUGUAGAGCAGUGCCACAAACUUAUCAGAAACCGGCUGGCUACUGGGCCCACGGCAGCUGUCUCAGGCUCCAACAGGACUGUGCUGCUGGCUCUUGCAGUGACACUUGCAUUGACGGUCAUAGGUCUGUACAAUGGGGCUCGGCCACCAGCUGUGGUGCGUGUCCAGAUUACGGUGGACAAGCUGCCGUCCUCUCUCAAUAACCUUAGACUUGCUUUACUCUCUGAUAUCCACUUGGGACCCACUGUUGGAAGGAACAAACUGGAGAGGGUGGUCAGGAUGGUCAACGAACUGCAGCCAGAUAUUGUUGCUAUCGUCGGAGACCUCACAGAUUCCCAGGUGGUUAACUUGCAAACAGCUUCUGAGCCUCUGAGAGAACUGAAAACCAAACUGGGGACAUACUUUGUCACAGGCAAUCAUGAGUAUUAUACAGUUGAUGUCAGUAACUGGUUCAGUUAUCUGAAAAUGCUAAAUGUUCAACCGCUUCAUAACACCAAUGUUCGAAUUGGUCCCGUGGAGAGGAGUGAUGAAUGGCUUUGCUUAGCAGGAGUUGAUGAUGUUGAAGCCCACUUGUUGAGGUAUCCAGGCCAUGGAAUGAACCUGGAAAGAGCACUUGAUGGCUGUGGUCCAGACAGAGCAAUUAUUCUGCUUGCACACCAGCCUACUGCUGCUAAGAAGGCUCUUCAGAUGCGACCGGACAUCAGCCUCAUCUUAUCAGGUCACACUCAUGGUGGUCAGAUUUUUCCGUUCACUAUUGCUGCUUAUCUCUUCAACCCUUACUUCAGUGGACUUUACAAGGUUGGGGAGAGAAACUUUGUAUAUGUCACUCCAGGAACAGUGUAUUAUGGGAUUCCCAUGCGAAUUGCAAGUCGGGCUGAGAUAACAGAAAUAACCUUGAAGUCUCCAUCCUGAUGUCCUAGGAGGAAAACCGCCUAGUUUAGUUAAAGGUGUAGCCACUGUGAAGAUUUAGUCAGCAGUUUUUAUGAGUAUAUUAAUAAUAAAUUCUUGAAUUUAGAUGCUUCGGUGGAAGGUGAAUUUGGGUAGUUGUUUGUCAUAAAGAUAAAGUUGUAUGCAUGUUUAUCAGAUUUAUUUAUUAUUACUGUGAACUGGGGUCAUAGUGACCUAUUUUGUUGUGCUGGUGUUGUCACACCAGCAAAGAUUAAUUUUCUCCUUUGCAGAUGGGAUACAAAAGAGGAAAUUGAAUAAUUGAUGUGAAUAUUUGUAUCAAUUCUUUGCUACUGGUUUGCACAUAAUCAUAACUCAGGUCUACAGACAUUAAAUCAGUACAUCUUGUCUGUUCCUUUACAGGUUUUGAAAUCUCUCGAUCAGAAUACCUCUUCUGUUGGCUAUUACUUCUGCAUGAACAACACAACAUACAUCUUAUCGAUAGGGUCUUACCUGCGGAGAGUGUACUUUAUGUGCAUAAAGUGACUUAACGCACUGAUGCAUUGCACACCUUUCAAUUUCUAACACCUUUCUCAUAGCAGAGAAAGGUACUACAAUGCCAGCCCUGAUAGCAGUGUCCAUCCCUGUGUGUCCUGUUCUCACAUGGGAUGCCCAAGUAUGACCCCAGGUUGGCCAUAAAAUUGUGGCUUUGCUGAUUAAGUCGUAAAAGAAAGAAGAGUUAAUAACCAUUUCCAUCUCACACCCCAGAUAAACGUCAUGUUGGUUAGAUUUAUUAUAAACAUGGCUGUGCUUAAAGUUACUUCUAUAGUGGUAAAGGAGAAGGUGCCACUUACACCAUAAUAAUAGUAAUAAUAAUAAUAGUGUGCACCAUAAUAGAGUGGACAGACUAUAGCUUGGGCUUUUAAAAGUGCGGGUGUGGGAUAUUUGUGCAUUACUUUGACCAAUUCAUUAUGUGCUGCUAGGUUCAACAUAUAGAAUAAUGCUUGAAUAAUUAAGAUGUUAUCAAAAAUUUGUGUACACAGGAAAAAAUUUUUUAAGGAGGAUUCAUAGUUCUUGGUCCCACUGUUUAUUAAGUCAUCUGGCCAAGUGAAUAUCAUGCUCUUUAUUUAUUAUUUAAAGUUAUCAGAAGCUUGGGAAAAGCAGCCGGAUUCAGGCACUUAUGUAAAUAUUUUUGUGUGACACUGAGGGACGAGCACUAUGCCUGACUCUGUGUAAGAUAAAGUGUAUUUAAGAAAGGGGAAUGGGUCAGUGGAAUUUAAGUUCUCUGGAUGUUAAUGUGUUUCCUUAAAGUCAAAUAAUGUUCAUAUUCUGGCUAUUGUAUAACAUUUUAAUGUCUUUAUAAAAUUUGCAGAAAUUGUGGUUUAUUUAUUUGAAGUAAAAAGAUUUUCAUUAU